UCAGUUUUAUGAGGGUAUGUUUGGCAGCAUGAGUGAAGGAGGCUUUGUUGCGAAAUAGGAAGCCGAUUCUAGAUUUAAUUUUGGAUUGGAGAUGGAUUGUAAUGGCAUUCCUCCUCUUCUUAGGAGGAGAAGCGAGAAGGAUUGGAGGACCAAUGCGCAGCGUGGUCAACAUGCCUCCCACGACACCGUAUGCUGGCAAGUUCAGUACCAGCACUUAUAACAACAACAUUCAUCCCCACAAAUACCACCAGCCCAUGGAAGUGAGCUACGGGGACAUGUGCUACCAUGACAACAGUCUUGUUUCUGGCUCCCUGGAGGCCCUAAUACAACAUUUAGUUCCCACAGUGGACUACUACCCUGACAGGUCCUAUGUCUUCACCUUCCUGCUCAGUUCCCGUCUCUUCCUCCACCCCUAUGAGCUCAUGUCUCGGCUUUGUCACCUGUGUGUGGAGCAGCAUCGAUCUGGAGACCUGCUGCUUGAUAAGAUCAGAAUACGGGACGUUGCCCCAAAGAUCGUGCAGCUGCUGACUGAGUGGACAGAGACGUUUCCUUAUGACUUCAGAGAUGAGAGGAUGAUGCACUGCCUGAAAGAGAUGAGCCAUCAUCUGGCCAGAGGAGAUGAGUACUCAUGGCGGGCCAUGCAGCAGAUGACUCAGCGGUUGAUCCAGAGAUUGGCGGCUCUGGGUCAGUAUGAGGAGGCGAUCGCCACGCUCAAUGCCUCCGCAGCAGAGAGACCCACCGCUCUGAAGGCCAAGCAGCAGAACGGACAUCGGCAUGAUGUCCUCAGUGUCUGUGAUGAUGCCUUUAUACUAGCCCAGCAGCUCACACACAUUGAACUGGACAGACUGAGUUUUAUUGGACCAGAGGAGUUCAUCCAAGCUUUUGGUGUGAAAGAUCCCUUGGUUAACCAUAAGAGUUUCUUCCGAAAACGCAAGACUACUAACCUGGAGGCCUAUGUAGCUUGGUUUAACAGACUCAGCUACCUGGUGGCUACUGAAAUUUGCAUGCCUGUAAAGAAGAAGCAUAGAGCCCGGGCCUUGGAGUUCUUCAUAGAUGUGGCUAGAGAAUGCUAUAACAUCGGCAACUUCAACUCACUCAUGGCCAUCAUCAGCGGAAUGAACAUGAGUCCUGUGUCCCGACUGAAGAAGACCUGGAGCAAAGUCAACACAGACAAAUUUGACAUACUGGAGCACCAAAUGGACCCCUCCAGUAACUUCAGCAACUACCGUACUGCCCUGCGAGGAGCCACCCAGAGGUCUAUUACAGCACACAGCAACCAGGAGAAGAUAGUCAUUCCAUUCUUCAGCCUUCUCAUCAAGGACAUCUACUUCCUCAAUGAAGGAUGUGCCAGCCGACUACCCAACGGUCAUGUGAACUUUGAGAAACUGUGGGACCUGGCGAAGCAGGUCAGUGAGUUCCUGGUGUGGCGUCAGGUGAUGUGUCCCUUUGAGAGAGACAGGAAGAUCCUCCAAUACCUGGUCACUACACCUGUCUUUACCGAGGAUGAGCUGCACUUGGCCUCCUAUGAGACCGAAGGUCCAGAGAACCACCUGGAAAAGGACAGUCGGAGGUCUCUCAGGACAUCCCUACUGCAUAGAGAGCAUCGUUGAGUGACGGUCAUGAGUGUGACACUGGGCGAUCCUCUUUCGCUACAAGAGGCUCGCGGUUGACAGGGUCUGGAAGAUUAAAGAUUUUCACAAAGGAUGGGGAGAAUAACUGUUUCAAGCACUCAGAUUAAUGAUGCCUCCUAUGGCUGGAGAACUGAAAAUCCUGCCUCUCGCACUGUAAAUUAACAGAUGAUUCAUUUGUAACUUGUCUACCCACACAGUAUUACAGUUCUUUUACAGAUGAUUCAUUUGUAACAUGUCUACCCACACAGUAUGACAGUUAUUUUUUAUACCAAUGGGUCGAAAUGGUUACUGGUGAUUUUCUAAGCUUUUCUGAAGUGGCAUGAGCUUGUUGCUGGUUGGCUUGCUCAGUGUUCUUAAAAUGUCAUUUAUUUUUCUUUUAUGUGUUUGUUCUUAGUCAAUUGUGUGAUUGGUAUGUCAUAAAUUACUUAAAUAUUUGUGCUGAACAUAAUGAAAUGCUCAUCUUUGGUGAAAGGAAUAUGACCCAAUAGCCUGUGAAUAGUUAACUCUGUUUUUAUAUGUUUUUGUAUCAUCAUGUGUUUGUUUACCUUACAGAAAUGACUUUUUAUAAAUAUUUAAUUUUUUAUGUAUUCUCAUCUUUUUUUUACGAUUUGGUUUUGUAUCGUGUAUAUUUUGUUUGCCCCCCCCCAUGUGUUACUUAUCAGGGUACUCUAUAUGAAGUUCUUAUGAAAUAAUAGGUAUAUUUUUCUUUCAAAAUAAAAUAGAAAAAUUGAAGCGA